AUGUUGUUUCGAGGUAAAGCCCUGCGCGUAGCGCAGGCGUUGCUUAUCGUUGCACCCGCCUUCAUUGUUUUCGGUUAUAACCAGUCUGGCUUGGGACCUCUCGCUACCCUCCAGAGCUGGGUGAAGGUGUUUCCCGAAAUUGACACCAUCGACACCGAGGGUGCUGUGCGUGCCACAAACUCUACAAAGAAAGGUGCUGUUAUUGCAUCCUUCCAACUAGGUGCUCUUGUUGGAGCUCUAUCUUGUACAUGGUUCGGUGAGCGUCUCGGUCGCCGCUGGACUAUCUUCUUGGGUGCUAUUCUCACUAUCAUCGGCCAAGUGCUGCAGACCGCAGCCUAUGGUAUUCCUCAAUUCGUCGUCGGCCGUGUUAUUCUCGGAUUUGGUGUUGGUCAAUUCAGUGUUGCCGUCCCUGUAUGGCAGUCUGAGUGUACAUCAGCCAAACAUCGUGGACAGCACGUUGUCGUGGAUGGUAUUUGUAUUUGUUUAGGUUAUGCCCUAUGUAAUUGGAUCGACUUUGGUCUUAGCAAGAUCGACGGUUCAUUGGAAUGGCGUGUCCCACUGGCCAUCUCUUUCUUCUUCUCUCUUGUUGUCCUUGUCUCGGUCUUCCUCCUCCCCGAGUCUCCUCGCUGGCUCGUGCGCGUUGGCCGCAUUGACGAAGCCACCCAUAGUCUGGCUGCCUAUAAAGGUUUGUCCGACGACGACGAGGCCGUUCGUGUUGAGAUCUCCGGUAUCGAGACCUCCCUCGAGGUUUCUGUCGACAGUGCCUCACUCAUGGACAUCUUCAGCUUCAGCAAGCCGGACGAAGAGCGUCUGCUAUAUCGAUUCUGCCUCUGUGUUGCAUUACAGUUCUUCCAGCAGAUGUGUGGUGGUAACCUGAUUUCCACCUACGUGUCAACUAUCUUCGAAGAGAACCUCCACAUGGACAGCGACUUGGCUCGUAUCCUGUCCUCGUGCGCGAUGACCUGGAAGUUCCUGUGCAGUUUCAUUGCCUUCUUCGCCAUUGACCGUCUCGGUCGCCGAAAGAUCUUCAUGAUAUCCGGUGCUGGUAUGUCUGUCUGCAUGAUGGUUCUCGCCAUCACCAACAGCUUUGGCCAGAACCACACUGCCUCGAUUGUGUCGGCGGUGUUCAUUUUCCUAUUCAACUCCUUCUACCCCGUUGGAUUCCUUGGUGGUAACUUCCUCUACUGUACCGAAGUUGCUCCUAUGCGUCUUCGUGUCGCCAUGUCCGCUAUAUCUACUGCGAACCAUUGGCUGUGGAACUUUGUGGUUGUCAUGAUCACCCCCGUCGCUCUAGACACCAUCGGUUAUCAAUACUACAUUGUGUACACCGUUAUAUCUGCCUUUAUCCCUAUCUCGGUCUACCAUUGGAAACAGAGUAGCAAAAACCCGAAUUUCCUCCGACCUGUCGGUAGCAUGGUGCUCCCAAUCAAGCUCUAG